AUGGAUCGUCUGGGUAGCGUCAGGCGUAGUCAGGCAGGCCAGGUCAGCAACGUGCGGGCAGCGAGGUACCGGAGGAGCAGGCAGAGAAUAGUCAGGGUUACAAGCCGGGUUCAGUAACUCACGGGCAGCACGGUACAGAGGAUCAGGCAGAAGGAUGGUCAGGCAAGCCAGGGCUCAAGCAGGAGAAGUCAGCAGAGGUCAGGAUCAGGCAGGUCAGCAGAACAGGAACACAGUAUACACGGUACAGGGGGCUCAUGGGAACAUACACCAAGGCACUGAUCACAGGCCUAGUCCUGCUUAA